CUUGGUUGCGUGGCAUGUAUCAUGCAGAAAACAUCUUUGUUCUGUGUGUUGCUGGAAACAUAAUUAUCCCAAUCAAGGCAGAAGGAAGACACGUAGCUUCAUGCAGAAGUGCAGCCACGCUUUGCAGGGCUCAGAUGUUGACGUGCUGGCUCAGAGUACUUCAGAACAGGGCACAGUGGAAACGUACCAAUAUCCCGGAUACAAUAAGUAUAAACUGACACCACUGCCAAAUGGGAUAUUGCUCACAGAUGUCGUGGAGAAAACACUGCGUGCUCAGAGAAAGUCCKCAAGUGGAAAGACUUUACUUCCUACAAGAACACUGCGGAAUUUCCUUACUUCACCAGUCUCCCAGGCCAUUCUGGUGGAUAGCUUUUGGUGGCUCUUUCUCCACUUCUAUCAGCCCAACCCAGCAAUAGAGGAACAGCUGUUUGAUCGUAUUGCAAAGAAUUACGCUUUCCUCCUGCUUGACUAUCACCAAUUCCGCCACCAGGAGGCCUUCAUUGAGGCUUUCCCUUCAUUGCUGAGUCAAGCCUUGUACGUUUGCUUUUGCUCUGGUUUCCCAAGAUCACAUUUCAAUACUGAUGAGUUCAAGACACAGCUCUGUAAUACAAUUUCAGAGUGGAUGGCAGGCACACUACCAAUCCCACAAAGCUACAAUAACUGGGACUACUCCCAGUUAGAACCGGAGAGAUUCAAGAUGAGCAAUCUGGAGUCACCAAAAGGGAAGCGUGGAAAUAGUAAGGACACUGAUGAAAACAGUUCUCCAUAA